CUCCAGACGUCUGGGGAGAGAUUGGUCAAAACAAAUGGCUUCCUCCUCCCUCUUCUGGAGUUCUUGCAUCAUCUCUUCAACCACUUCAUUGAAAGAAAAAGGCAAAUUGGUUGCAGAACCAAUUAUGGACACUUAUUGCUGAGGAGCGCAUGCCGGUCUGACAGCUGAACACUUGAUCUAGCAACACAACUUGAAGUAGUCUAGAGGCUUCAAACAUGGAUUCGUUUAUUUAUUUUGCACCUUGGAGAAUUAUUUAACACAGAAUGUAUUUUUUCAGCAUUUCUCUUUAGACUUUUUCAAUGCAACAAUUGUGUUUGAUUGUCACAUCGCAUGGGACCAUAGAAAAGUUGUUGACCCCCGGAGACACAUGACCUUGACGUCCUGGCUGGCUUGAGAACAGAGCUAGCUGUGUCAGAGGGUGAGCUCACCACACAGCGGGGCGAGUGGGUAACUGGCCGCUCCAUCACCGCAGACGGACAGUACCAACACGGAGUGACACACUCACAAGGCCAGAAGAAGAGGAGAGAAGCAUCCAGGAGGAUCUGUAUCUGGUUUUGUGCUUUCCGUGGGCUGUAAUAAUAAGGCUCUAUGGGCUAGCCGAGGGAUCUGGCCAUGCCUGUUGCUAUUCGUAAGAGAAGCUGGGAGGAUCAUGUGACCCCACGGACAGGAUUACAGUACAGCUAUGAUGACCUAGACUUGGUCUGCUGCCAUGUGCGGUACCAGCGCAGUAGGUGUGCCUCGUUGCCUGAGUGUGGUCAUCACCAGCCUAGGACUUUGGGACUUUGGACUGGAGAUGCUACAAGAACGAUGGAGAGUAUAGUGCAGAAGUUUAAGGGUGGAGCUCAACCUAACUGUGAAGGCGCAAAGUGCAAAUCAUUGAUGCCUGGAGACACAGUCAAUGAGAUAGCACAGCACAAGAGUGACCAAGAUAGCAGACUACCUUUAGACAACAUGGCAGAUCAAGAUGAAUUGAAAUGUUCUGCUUUAGGAAAUUUGCAGGCUCACAAUGGAGAUCCAGAUAAUAAGGAACUAAACAAGGAUAAAGUAUCUGCUUCCCAUAGCCUGAUGCAUUCUGCGCUCCCUACCCCAGUAUUAGCUCAAACAGGAGAAAUGGAUGAAUUAUCAAAUGUCCUGAAGGACAGUCACUCUGUCAAAGUUGACUGUUCUGAACCAACUUAUCCCAAAAGUGAAACUUGCACAGAAAAUACAGAAUCAAUGGUGAAGGUUAGUGUGGGCAGUCAGAUGUUAGUACAUGAGCACAUGAGUGUCACAAGUGAUAUCACAGACAUAAAUAAUAAACUUCCCACCUCUGAUUCACAGCAGAAAUCUGCUGACCCAAACAAUAUUGUGGAAGGACAAUGUUGUGAAACGUCUGAACAGACUAUUUUAACAUGUGGCAAAGUCGAAUGGUCACACACAGAUGAAACUGUGAUCCCAAACUUAUCAUCAUCAACUUCUCGAGAAAUUCAAAUUCCAGGAGCAGGCUCAGAUGCUAAUAAAGCAAGUCUAGAGUGCAAAAAUAAUGUAGUAUCACAAGGUCAAGGCAAUGAAAAUCAGGAAGGUGAUGGCAUUUUUAAAUGUUGUGAUCAUGAGAUGUUAAACGUUGGAAGCCUUAAACCACCUGCUUGUGAAACGUCUCAACCGGAACCAUCUGGAAAAACUGACAUCAUGGAAACAUGGCAUGAUUGCUCAUCAAAACUCCAAACCAUCCAUGAGGUCUCCUUUUCUGAAACUGGAGAUGAUGCUUCAGGUCAGAUAUCAGCAGAGAUGCCAGAACAGCCAACAAGUACAAACCUAAACACCAUCAACUGUGAGAAUUUGAGAACUUUAGAGGACCAAAACAUGAGGGUAAAGGAGGCAACUAGAGUAAAACCUCAACCUGAAGGAAACUAUGAUGAACAUCAGGCAAACCAAUAUACAAAUACAGUCAAAGACCUUGAGAGUGUCCCAAAAGCUGAAGGUUCCCUUGUAAAGCUUCGUACAAGGAAGAGCUCACGGGAAGAGAGGGAAAAGGAAAGGUCAUGUUUGGACUCAAUGGUUCUGUUAAUAAUGAAGUUGGAUCAGCUGGACAAAGAGAUUGAGAAUGCUUUAAGCUCCUCCCUCAAUGGCACUCCCAAUUUAAAGAGGCGGAUCAUCUCGGAAGUGGAUUUAGAAAUGCUGGAUUCAGCGGGAAGUCUUUCAGCCUCAUCGCAGUCUCUAAACACCCCACUUUAUCGCUCUUCGUCAUCAUUGGCAUCAUCAGGAACUUCUGGGGCUAGACCAAAAAAUGAGACCUCUGCUGUACUUUCUGAGAAAGACAGAGAAGAAAUUGAAGCGAAGGAGGCGUGUACAUGGCUGAGGGCUGCAGGUUUUCCACAGUAUGCUCAGCUUUAUGAAGACGGUCAGUUCCCGCUUGAGAUUUCCUCAGUUACCCGAGAUCAUGACUUCUUGGAUCAAGAUGCCAUAGAGGCCUUGUGCAGGAGACUGAACACACUAAACAAGUGUGCUCUUAUGAGAUUAGAGAUCACCCCUCAAAGAAAAAGAAGUGAAGACUCUGAUGAGGAUGAGCCAUGUGCUAUAAGUGGCCGUUGGACUUUCCAGCGGGACAGCAAGCGUUGGUCUCGCCUGGACCAGCUGGACCUGGAUGUAUUCUCCCCUCCAGCCGGAGACAUUGGCUCCUUCACUCCCUUCCUAUCCCCAGAUGAUCGUUUUGCCAGAGGAACCCUUCUAAAGGAAGGAGUUAAUGCUAGUGCAGAGAGCGUCUUAACAGAUCUUAGUGAGCAGCCGGAGGUGGGCUCUCUGCACAGUGCUGGUAGUGGAGGUCGAGGAGGAUCCCUGAGUACCACUGUACCAUCCAGCCCUGCUACAACCAUCUCCAAUGCUAACACAGCCACCACAACCAGGGCAAGCUCAGUUGCUAGUGUUUGCUCCUCUGGAACAUCAGGUGCCAAUGAAGACUCCCUGUCUGAUGGUCUUCCAUCACCGCUGGAAUGCAGCACCUUUGCAUUCGAUGUAAAACCAAGUUUGAUAAGCAGUGGUGCUGAAAAAAGCACACGUUCAAGAGCAAAGAGUUUCUUGAAGCGUAUGGAAAGCUUGCGGUUACGCACCAGUAGCAAUGCAGCCUCCAAGCGUAAAAAGAAGGGUGUAGUUGGGCAAGGUAGGCUGGAGAUCAGUGGGCCUGUGCUGAAAGAGGGUCUUGAUGAAGACAAACUGCGACGCCUUAACUGUGUGGACAUUGCAACUCUGGAUCGCAAUGCAAACCAAAACCGAAGCAUCACCUAUUCGACGCAGAUGAGUAGUGGGAGUGCAGGGAGUAGCCAAUCAGAGGCCAGCAGUGGGAGUGCUGUAAGUACACCCAGUCCGGUCUCAAGAGCACGUAGUCACAGCACAGCAGCAGGGUCUACCAAGAGAGGUGGGAUGUACCUGGAAGGCUUUGACCCAUUUAAUUUUGUUGUGCUGCAACCUUCAGAAGACCAAAAAGGGAAGCAGAAUCACCAGACCCAAAGUAAGAGGAUGGAGCCCAGCUCAACUGCAGAGAACAAUCGACGCAACCGACAGAGUUCAGAUAACAGACGUAUGGAGGAAAAAAAGAGUCGAGAAGAGGAAGGAGGUGUGAUCUUCUUCUAUUUGCCUGAAGGCCACAAGCCUGGCACUUUUCCAAAAGCACUUGCGGAUGGGGGAUCCUUUCGUGGUGGGGACAACAUAAGUCGGCGCCCACCACGGAGGGGCUCUGCUGCCUCACUAGACAGUCGAUUGAGUGUCUAUGAUAACGUUCCUUUCUCAGAAGUAGGAGAUGAUGAGGAUGAAGCAGAAGGAGAAGAGGAGUCAAAACUUGAGGACGUUUUGGAGCGAGUCAGUGGCCUGCAGCGACUGGUCAGUGCCUGGUCAGAAACUGGAAAUGGGGAAGAAGAAGAGGAUGAAGAGGAAGAGGAAGGGGAUUCAGAUUCAGCCCUUGAUUCUGCAUCUCCUUGUCCAUCAUCCCCAUUGCAGAACUGCUUAGAAGAGACAGAGAAUGGCAGUGACCAGGACAGCACUGGAAACCCGUUAGCAGAAAGGGAUGAGACACUCAGCUCACGUGAAAGAUGCGACUCUGGUGUGGGAGCAUCACUUACACGAGCCAACAGACCUCAGAAACUGCGCUGGCCAAGUUUCCAGAGCUCCCACAGGCCAAGUCUGUUGUCAACAGUACUACAAGUUGGAUGUCAGUCAGUUUUGCAGAUGAACCUCCUUCAGAAAUACAGCCUGCUCAAACUUACCGCUCUACUGGAGAGAUACACACCCACCAACAAGCAUGGCUUCAGCUGGGCUGUUCCUAAGUUUAUGAAGAGGAUCAAGGUUCGAGACUAUAAGGACAAGAGUGUUUUUGGCGUUCCACUGCAGGUGAUAGUUCAAAGGACUGGACAACCCCUGCCUCAGAGUAUUCAGCAAGCCAUGCGUUACCUACGGAGCCAAUGCCUCGACCAGGUUGGGCUAUUUAGGAAAUCAGGGGUGAAGUCACGUAUCCAAGCCCUUCGCCAAAUGAAUGAGUCAUGUGGCGCUGGUGGGGGCGGAGUCAACUACGAGGGCCAAUCAGCUUAUGACGUGGCCGACAUGCUAAAGCAGUAUUUCCGAGACCUUCCAGAGCCUCUGCUUACCAGCAAACUCUCUGAUACCUUUCUGCAGAUAUAUCAGUAUGUUCCCAAAGAACAGCGUCUGCAGGCGGUGAGGGCCGCCGUAUUGCUGUUACCGGACGAGAACCGCGAAGCCCUGCAGACUUUGCUGUGCUUCCUGAGUGAUGUAACGGCCAGCGUGGGUGAGAACCAGAUGACCUGCACUAACCUGGCCGUGUGUUUGGCCCCCUCUCUCUUCCACCUCAACACAAUGCGGAGAGAGAGCUCCUCACCCAGGGUCAUGAACAGAAAGAACACUCUGGGAAAACCAGACCAAAGGGACUUGAAUGAGAACCUGGCAGCCACACACGGCUUAGCCCAUAUGAUACAGGAGUGCAGAAAACUCUUCCUGAUCCCCGAGGAAAUGUCACGCUGUAGGAACUCUUACGUGGAGCAGGGCUUGAGUCCCAUGCGGAUGGAGGUGUUGGUGGAAGACUGCGGUUCUUGUAGCUACCAAAGUCUCCUCAAAGACAGUAUUGAUGCCCUGCUUAAAGAAGCCAAGGACAAAUUCAAGGGUUACGACAGCUGCUCAACUCCUGAAAACGCUGAGCUUGCAUAUAAAAAGGUUCAGGAUGGGUCGUCUCUGCGGCAGUGGAAAGUCUGCGUGGACGUGCCUGCGUCAGCUGAGGACAUACUGCAGCAGAUUCUACGGGAGCAGGAACGCUGGGACGAGGAUCUGUUAGAGUGCAGAAUCGUGGAGACACUGGAACAUAACAUGGAAGUCUAUCAGUAUGUCAGGAACUCUAUGCCACCCCAUCCGCCAAGAGACCAUGUGGUGCUCAGGUCGUGGGUGACAGACUUGCCCAAGGGAGUGUGUGCUUUGGUGUGUGUGUCAGUGGAUCACGAGAGUGCAGCGGUUCUGGGUGUUCGUGCUAAUGUUCUGACCUCUCGCUAUUACAUCGAACCCUGCGGACCCAACAAGAGCCGACUCACGCACAUUUCCAGAAUAGACUGCAGGGGUCGUUGCCCUGAAUGGUACAAUAAGCUGUAUGGUCACCUGUGUGCUGCAGAAGUGGUGCGGAUACGAGACUCCUUUACCUGCCUGGACAAAUAAAACACACACAGUUGAUGUUUCAUUUCACCUCUCAACAAAUUCUGAUGUUAGAGAUGAAGAUGAUAAUGAUUUUAAACUCCCUUAACAUAUGAUGAUCUGAGCCCUUAUGUGAUACGGAUGGACCCACUGAAAUCAACAAGCUACAUAGGUCAAAGUGCUUUCCAUUUUGAUGGCCAUCAAAUGACAAGCCUGAAAGACUGGAAACGGGGUUUGUGCUGCUGUGACAUCAUCAUCACUGACGUCACAACGUUUGACCUUGUUACUGAUCAUGUCAUAGGGUGACUACAUAAAACGGGAGGUGUUUUGCUUCUGAGAAGCAAGUAUGAAUGUGUAUUUCUGAAUGACUGUGGAAGUGAGCAUAUGUAUAGUGUGUCUGAUGUGUGUGUGUGUUAUUGACAAAUGAAACAUAUUCCAUGCACUGGCACCCGCUGCAAUAUAGCGUUUCUGUGUGCGUCACUGCUACAUAGUUAUGCAAAUGUCUGCAAAGCUGUGUACAGUGCUUUCAUUAUAUUUAAGAGAAUGGACUGAUGGAUGAAUGGAUGGACAGACAUGUUUGUCUAUAGACAAGAUGGAAGGUGGUGGCUGGCACACCUUUGAAAGGAAGACAGGAAAUGUUUGACAGAGGAAAAAACUGGUGCAUAUAGAUACUUAACCAGUACAGAGGGUUCCAACAGCACCAAAACCAAAGCUGAGACCAAUACAAUGUGGACCAAUUAUACAUAGCAAAGUAAUCCCAGGAUUCAACACAGGACUCCAAAGAAGAACAUAAUACAGUUUACUCACCCUGAGGCCGGUGAUUGGCCGAGAUCGGUGCUGCAACCCAAUAAAAUUCAUUUGAGCUCCAUGGUCUCGGCCAUUUAACAUCUUGAGCCCUGGGCAAAUACUGAAAGGAUAGGAAAAGCUUUUUAUUUUGGGUUGGAUGUUCAGGUUUGAUUAUAGAGGCUACCAAGGCAGCAAUUUUGUUAGAGGAUGGUAGAGAAUGUAUGAGGGGAAGUGAUAUCCGUUUGUUUGUCAGUGUUAACCAGAAAUGAAGUAAAAGUCUAAAAUUGUCUAAAAAGGAUUGCAUUUACACUUAACUAUAGCCAGGCCUGCGGUCACAUCAUCAAAAUAGGAGCGCUGCGAUCACCAAACAGAUUUCUUUCUGAGUCCAGUACUCCUAUCGAGAUGCUUUAUGAUUGUCAGUCCUGGGUUUGAUGUCUCAAUUUAUUGCUACUUACGUGCCUGUCCAUGGCAGUGUAUCAUAAAUGUAUGUAAAUUAAAUAUAUGCUGCCAAACCGAGAAUAACGCAUGACAAUGACAGUUAAUUUAAACCUCUCUGUAUUUAUAUCACUCAUAUCGUGUUUUUGUAUAUCUUAUUUUAUUGUAAAUGUUACACCCUAAGUUACAGAAAGGAGAAAGUUGUUUAUCUUUUUUUAUCAUUAAUGUUAUUUCUGUACAGAUUAAUCGUGGUCAAAAUGCACUAUUAAAUGUAUUAAAACAGCA